AUUUAAAAAUGCGGUUUGCUUAACUCCACAUUAUACGGUUCUGAAACUGCAAACGAGCUACAUUACAGAACUACACCUUAGGCAUUUCUACUAAACAUGUCGAAGAGGGUAGUCGAUGCUCACGAUGAAUAUUUUGAUGCAGAAGCAAAUCAAAAGUUAGUGUACCAAAUAGAGAAUGGAGAUGAAUCGCUCGCAAAAUCUCUGCCUUCCUUUGGUAUUCGCCAUUUUCAAGUGUUCAUUUACUUUACUCUUGGAUUCUUGGCGUUUGGGUUUAGAGUUACUUUGUCGAUUGCAAUAGUGGCAAUGACUGACCCUAUGGUCAGCAGUAAUCCGGAUAUUCCAACAUAUUCUGAAUGGACCAACAAAAACGUAAUUUUAUCAUCCUUCUUUUGGGGUUAUAUCAUGCCGCAGUUAUUUGCUGCCUGGAUGGCUAAAAAGUUUGGCCCUAAAUGGUUUCUUAUUGGAAGUACAGUUAUUCAGUCCAUUUUAUAUAUUACUACUGCCGUACACAGCCGCUCGUUUUGGGUCCACUGGAGUUAUAGUAAGUCGGAUUUUCCAAGGAUUAUCACAAGGUUUUAUAUUUCCCUCUUUUGCUUAUCUUCUUUGCCAAUGGGCGCCUAUAGAAGAAAGAUCUAGGCUAGGAUCAACUGUAUUUGCUUCUGGAAAACUUGGGACAGUAUUUGCAAUGUUCUUAACUGGAACAAUUUCUGCCAGCAAAUUUGGCUGGCCUCUGGUAUUUUACGUGUUUGGUGGCUUAGGUUUGUUGUGGUGUAUUUUAAUGGUUUUCUUUGGUUACGACUCGCCUGGUGUUCACCCAACAAUUAGUGCACAGGAAAAAAAGUUUAUCGAAGGAAGUUUAGGAAAGAGUGAAGAUAAUAAACAUGACAAGACUCCUUGGAAAAAGAUAUUAACCUCAAGGCAUGUCUGGGCACUUCUAUUAGCACAAACUGGAAACAACUAUUGCUUCUGGACACUAGUGAUGCAAAUCCCAACUUAUAUGAACUACGUAAUGCAUUUCAACAUGAAAAAAAACAGUUUGCUCUCUUCUUUACCAUAUUUGGCAUUGUGGGUCUUAAGUAAUGUGUUUGGCGUUAUUUCUGAUGCUGUAGUAAACAGAGGAAUUGUAAAACGAGGUGCUGCUAGAAAAUUAUUUACAUCAAUUGGACUAAUGAUACCAGCUGCAGCAUUAAUUUAUUUAGGAUAUACGGAUUCUAGUCAGCCAUUGCAAGCCGUGGUACUUCUAGUUGUAGCUGUAGGAUUUAAUGCAGCCUGUUUUUGUGGAUUUACUAUUAACCAUAUGGAUCUCUCUCCCAAUCAUGCCGGCAGUCUGAUGGGUCUUUGUAAUGCAUUCUCUCAAAUUGCUGGUGCUGCAGCACCAUUAGUAGUACAAUUGAUAGUGAAAAAUGAGAGUGAUGUAUUUCAAUGGCGUAACGUGUUCUUCUUAUCAGCGGGAAUAAAUGUUUUUACUUCUGUUGUAUUUAUAAUUUUUGGUUCUGGAAGUGUGCAGUCAUGGGAUAAAGAAGAAGAUAAUAAAGAUGAGGAUUAGAUUAUUCCCAUCAAACAUUCCAACACCGUGCUUUAAAUUAAUAUAUUCUAACAAUUCAGUUGACUGUGCUGUUAUUUGGUGAAACUCCAUAAUGAAACGGAUAAGAUAAAACAAAUGUUUAAUAAAAAAAUGUUUGUGCACUAUGUGCGCAUAUUUGAAGCAAAACUUCUUACUAAGGCCGGUGUUUCACUAUAAAAUUUCUUUGUCAAAGAUCUUUUGUAAAAGAUAUUUGAUGAAAAAUUUGACAGUAUAAUAAGGCUAUUAUUACACUAUCAACAUUCUUUGUCAAAGAUUUUAUUUGGUAAAUGAAUUUGACAUGUAUGAUUUUAUAAAAUAUUGUAGUAAAUCUGUCAAAUUUCUCAUCAAAUAUCUUUUAUAACGACAAAGACAUUUUAUAGUGCAAUAGCCGCCUAAUAUGCAAUAUUUUAUAAAAUAUUGUAUACCUAUUACACCAUAAUUUUUUUCAUCAAAGACCUUUCAUAAAUGAUCAUUGACAAAGAAUAUAGUCUACCGGUCUGAAAGCUAUUAAAUUGAAGGAUUUGAAGGACAUGUUUGAAAAAGUGUAUAGUUUAAAACCAAAUCAAAAAGUAACAAAUUAAUAAAUAAUUUGAUUCAUUUUUACAAAAUUUGUAUUAAAAUGACCGUCUCUCCGUUUGUAUUGUGUAGUAAUAUACUAGUCACUACGUAUUUCUAAGUCGUAGGCUGUUCUUACCACUUUGCGUCUCGCGUUGGUGUGUCACGACCUUGAAUUUAUACUCCCAGUGCCCUUUAAGAAGUUUCACUUAAACAACCGCUUCAAUAUAGUGGGAUUUAAUAAACAUUUGUUUUAUUUUUCGUUUAAUUUAUAGUAUAUUUUAAAAGCUGUUCUAGUUACAAAAUGCUGUGAUAUAUAAUUAAAGUAUAAUGCAGUUUUUUUUUAUAAUUUAAGUCUUUCAAAUGUCCAAGUCUCCUCUCUUAUUAGCUUUCUUAUAAAAUAGUUAGUAUAAGAAAGAUUUGUGUGAAUAUUUAUGCUACUAUGAAGUUCUAAUAAACUUAUAGAAUAACAUGCUUCUAGUAUAUUUAUAUUUCGUAACAAUGCUCCUAUAUUAAAAUAAGUAGUAUUAUCAAAAUUUAAUAAAUAAGCUUUGUAAUUCAGCAAUAAAUAGUCAUAAA